GUGACCCUUCGUGACGCAUCUUUUGACACAUAAACGAUCUUUUCCGUGACGCCGAUCUCGCGCGAAACUCGAGUUUGGAAAGCUAACGUGAAAGUGGACUCUGUUAGAAAAAUGAGUAAAAAAGACAACGGUGCGGCGCUCAUCCUGGCCUACCUGAAUGAGAAGAACCGGCCCUACAGUGCCCAGGAUGUCUUUUGUAAUUUACAAAAGCAGCAUGGACUGGGAAAAACUGCCGUGGUCAAAGCCAUGGAGCUACUGGCUCUAGAGGGCAAGAUAAAGGAGAAGACCUAUGGCAAGCAAAAGAUUUAUUUUGCGGAUCAGGCGCAGUUCAGGGAUGUAAAUGAUGCAGACCUGAAGGCGAUGGACUGUCAGAUCUCAGAGCUCGGCGCAGAGGCGCAGUCCCUCACACAGAGCUGCAGACAGUUGGAUGCAGAGCUGAAGGAGCUCAACAGCUCCCUGACGACAGAGGAAAUGAUGUCGGAGAUCCAAGAGCUGAAAGCAGAGUGUUCUGGGUACAGAGAGCGUCUGGAGAAGAUAAAGUCGGCCACAAAUCACGUCACACCUGAAGAGAGAGACAAGGUUUACAAGGAGCGGACCGUUUACGUGAAAGAGUGGAAAAAGAGGAAGAGACUGGCUUCAGACAUGAUAAAUGCAAUCCUGGAGGGAUAUCCUAAGAGCAAAAAGGAGUUCCAGGACGAAGUUGGGGUAGAGACUGAUGAAGACUGCAAGGUGGUUGUUCCAAGUACUUGAAAGAACUUGAAAACGCUUGUUCAGCUAAGAAGAUAAGAUCACACAUCAGAGCUGUCUGAGCCACAGCAUAUGACUUUAUUUAUAUCCCGUCUUUUGAACAAAUAGUACAUCUUUAAUAAAGAAUGAAUGGAAAAAACAACUUUGUAAUUUAAAGUACAAAAAUAGCUUUGUCAUUGUGGAGACACUAACACUAUGUCACAUCAUUUGACAGUACUGAGGGAUGCUUUUCACCUCGUAGGCAACGUUGUUUAAUUUUUCCCUUUUUCAAGCCACAAAACUGAUCCUGAGCCUAUGAUGAAAAUGUCAACAAGUGAUUCAUUAUAACUUAUAGAGGUUUACAUUCUUCAUUGUUCUUAUUACAUGUUUAAGUCCCUCUUGCUGCCUUUU